ACCGUGGAACCUGCCGUAAAUAUCCCGGGACGCCGUGGCGGCUCCUUUAAGCGAAGUCCCGGCAACCGUUCGGUUGGGGAGGAAACCGGAGAGCCUGAGGAGGCAGGUAGGGGGAGAUCAACAUGGAGGGGGCGCCUGCGAGAUGGAAGAGAGAAUAAACAUACUCACAAGGACACUUUAGUUUGUACAGAAUCCAGUCAAGACACCAAGACUAAUAAUCAAGCUACAUAUUCUGGAGUAGUUGUGGAUAAUUCAGUGGAAUUUUGGCAAAACUGUUUGAGAUUAAAUGUGUUCUGUUUUGUAGCCAGAACAGAGAUUACAAAGGUAACUUCUGCUACAGUUGCAUAUGAGAAUUAUGGAUUCUGAAUGACAGCUACUGAUUGCCAAAGAAAAAGCAAUCAUUACAUGUGGAUAAUGAAGAACUGGCAAGAAGCCAGCCGUGCCUCUGAAUUCUCCUCUUGCAAAAUGAAAAUCCUUGAAGCAAAGUCUUCAAUUCAGUGAUUUAAAAAUGGAGGAAAGAGGAAGGAGUCCGGAUUCUGAAAAAAACCAAAAAUCAGACAGUGAUAAAAGCUAUUCCUACUAUUCUGAUGAUGAUGAUAAUUCUUCUUGUGCCUCUGACUGCUCUGCAACAGUAAGCACUCAGUCUACAAACACUGAAGAAAAAAGUCAUAAAGCACAGAAUCUGAAGACUCUUGGACAUUAUCAAGCCUCUAAACAUGCUGCCUCUAAAUACGCACCAAGCAAAAAAGGAAUGCGCUGGGGCUUUCGCUCCCAGAGCCUUAAUAGAGAAUCUCCCAUCAAAGAUAUUGGUCUUGUUACAAAAAGAGUGCUUUCUGCCAGACUCCUGAAAAUCAAUGAGCUUCGUAAUGAACUGACUGAACUACAUGUAAAACUCGAUGAAUUGCAAAAAGAGAACAGGGCACUAAAGCAGCUCCAGUACAGACAUGAGAAAGCCCUCCACAAGUUUGAAGACACAGAAAAUGAAAUUUCGCAGCUUUUGGCAAGGCAUAAUGAUGAGAUCCGAGUACUAAGGGAGCGCUUAAGAAAAUCACAAGAAAAGGAACAGACAGCUGAGAGGAAGUUGAAGGCUUCAGAAGAGGAUCUAUACAAAGCCAAAAGUGCCUUGCAGAAACUGAGAAGACUUGCAGAACACAGGCACCUCCCUGAGCGUGAUGAGUUGGCAAAGAAGUUAGCUUCAGUAGAGAGCAAGCUGGAUGAUAGUGAGAAAAGAAUUAAGGACUUGGAAAAAAACCUUGACCUUAGUAGUAGUAGUUUCCAGAGGCAGCUGCAUUCUGAGAAAAAGAAACUAUAUGAGGCACAAGAAGAAAACAAAGUUUUGCAAGAGGAAAUUCAACAACUAAAGCAAAAACUAAAGGAGAAGGAAAGAGAACUAGAUGCAAAAAACAUAUACGCUAGAAUGCUAAAACCUUCACCCAGAAAAGGCAUCAGUAUUACACCAAGGAAAAACGCUGUGAGUAGGGACACUAAAAAAGAAGAACAGACAACAAAAGGAGUACAGACUUCUGGAUAUUUCUCCCCUGUAGAAUUUCCUCCUCCACCAGAUUUUAUUUCUGAUCCUGUUUCAGAGGAAAAGACAGAAGAUGUACAUGAAGUACAUAUAAAAACAGAAGAGACUAUUAAAAAUGACUGGAAGGAACAAGCAGAACAGAUCAGGCAGGAACAGAUCAAAGAAAAAGAAGAGAGGCUGAAGAGAGAUCAAGAAUUGCAGGCAUUAGAAGAAACAGCCAAGAAGUUCAGAGAUGAAUGGAAAAGAGAAGAAUCUGAGAGAAAGAAGACAGAAAAUAAUCUUUUGUUGGAGAGAGAAAACAAAGCAGAGAUGGAAAGAGAAAUACAUAUUCUGGAAAAUGAGAUGCAAAAUAUUGAAAGUGUAGAAGAAAGGAGGCAGAAGGAAAUGCUGUUGAUGAAAAUGUAUAAAAUUGACAGAGAGACCCAAAUCAAUACGAAGUUCGCUUCCCAAACAUCCACCUCAGAUACUACAAUUACUACUUAUUCCUUGGAGAAAAGCAACAGACCAUUCCAGUUCUCAGAGACAGCAGAGAAAAUAGCCAAUGGUUUUCCAGAAUAUGAUCAGCAUAAUGGGGUUACAAAAGGAGAAACCUACAAGCAGCAAAAUGCAGAGGCUACAUGUUCAAGUGAUGAACUGACAUUUGGAAGUUAUGUACCUUCGUUUGCAAAAGGGUCAAGAAGGCCAAGCUGGCUUAAUCAAAAAGGUGAUGUCUUAGAGGAAACCACUAAGGGAAAUGUACUUCUAAAUAUUAAGAGAGACAGAAAGACCAAUUUAAUGGAGCAGCUGUUUGGAAGCAAUGCCAAUACUUCAUCCAAGACAAAUGACCUGGAUAUUAUUGAUCAAGACAGUAAUACAGACAGUUUUCCUCAGGAUAAAAGUAUCACAGACAAAGUAAAAGAUGACGGUGAUAUAUUCUUUAGUGAAGGAAAAAGCUUUAAUCCCAAAAGGCACCGAUUGCAGCAAACGGCAAGUAGGCCGGCAGUUAAGGCUCUUAAUUACUUAGAAGAUGAAAUUGAGGAAGUGCUACUGCAGUGAUUAAUACUACCUAUAUUUAUUAUGCUAUUUAUAGUUUUUAACUUUUUCAAAUAUUGUAAACCUGAAGUGGCUGACAAAUAUGUGUGCUGGGGAAUUAGAGUAUAACUUUUGAUGACCAAUCAGGAAUACAGCUUUUUGUACAGUGUUCUAGAUUAUUUGAGAGAGGUGACAGCUGUGUAACACAUAUGGCAAUAAUAUUUUCAUAGGAGUUUCUUAGAAUAGUCUCAUCCACCUAGUAAUAUGGUCAUUUCCUCAGGUUUUCAUUCUGCAAACAAAAGUAAUCUGUUCCUCUAAAUGACUUCUUUCUAUCUUUUGCCAGUCAUUUUUAAAAAUGUUCACAGCUCUCUGGUAUAAUGCCAGCAGAGGACUUAAGGUGCUCCAGUAUAGGCAUCAAAAUACAGCUUUCUGCAUUUGGCCAGAAGAGGAAGUAACCAAGAGCCAUUUGUUGUUUAAUAUAGAGUAUCCUUCCUCCACCACUUGUCUUUCUAUCGUUUUCCUGAGGAAAUGGUAAAAGAUAUACAACAACCUUUAAAAACAUUCAGGGUGAUCCAGUUCCUCCCCUGUGCCAACCCAAAAGGAGGGCUUCAUUGCAGAGAAUCCCCUUUUAAAUGUGCACAGCUGUAUGUGCAAACUAUGAAUCCAUGUUCCAGGUUUUAUGUUGCCAACUGGCCAAUAUACCAGAGAUUGAAUACAAACAUUUGCUUUCAAGUAAUUGUUCUUCUGUCAGUUCAUUAUCUAAUGCAAAGGGUUUUUUUUUAAACUUCAACAAUGAGAACAGUACAACUGAAGAGGUUACAUGUUUUAUGGGAAUCUGUGGGCCACCUAUCAACAUUAUGUGAAUCCGUUUGUGCACAGUAAGCCCUAAAUAUUUGAAAAAAACUUAUUACUGAAGCUGCUUUUACUAGAAAUGGGUCUGAAUUUCUUAUGUAAAAUAGAAUGUAGGAAUUGAAGUCUAAAUAAUGAAUUAUUAAGAUCACACAGUGUAUUUUAAUAUGCACAUAAGAAAACUUGUUUAAUCGUAUGAUAAAAAGAACCCUAUUCAUUUGAAAGUUAAUCUAGCAUUUGUUUAAUUUUCCUCUAGCUACAACUGAUUUAUACCAAACAAUUUCCAAAGUUGCAUUUUGCGAUUCUAUUCUAUAAUAAAUUAUUUGUUGAUUUCAGCCAAUGGGCACAAUCCACCCAGCAAAAUAAAGGCUUUGUGCAACAUAACCUUGGUACUUGUACAGAUGUUUCUUUUAGGUUGUACCAAAUAUCUGUUGCUUAAAGCUAUCGGUAAAACUAUUUCAGAUAUCCAUUAUGGCAAAUAUUAGAGUAAUUAAUUUUAAUACUAAAAUUCUGACAAUUGUAUUCACUUUUAAAAUGUAAUUAUUUAAGGUAAGAGAUUACAGCAAUAUAAGAUUUCUAAACUUCCAGUAAUACCUGGUAAAAAGUGUGCAUUUGAUUUUAUCAAAUUAACAUCCAUUCAUGCAUACUCUUUAUUGGCAUGCAUCUUGAAAUAUGAACAAAAAAAUCCCUUGCCUAACAGCAUUCUAGAUGUCUGCUUAAAGAAGUCACUGCCCUUCUAUUUUCUUUACCAACUUCACAACACUCCCUCACUUUGUCCAGUUUAUUGAAGCCAGUUCUCAUGAAUCAUUGCUAUGCCAAACACAGAAAGCUGCAGGAUAAAAAGUGAUACAUGCACCCAGGGUGCACAUGUGGAACUCAUCACCCUCAUGCUUUUAACUGAUAUGCUAUCAUCAAAUGCUUCAGAAUGCAGGAGCACUGCUGCUGGCACCAGCUUUGGAUACAUCAGCUGUUGGUAGCACCUAUUAGUGCUGAAAUAGAGGAUGGUGAAGAAAAAUAAAAUUAGGUGCAUCUACUCCUUUCUGUCUUGUUAUCCACCCUAACAGAUGGUGGUGUUGUAACAGUGCUGAUCAUUUGUUAGGCUAGCCAUGAAGUCCUGAAAUAAUUUCUCAUAAACUGUUGAAUAUCUCUUUCUCAAAGGAGGUCAAAAGUUAGGGGAAGGAAAAAGUUCUAAGUUACUGCAGAGUCAAGCCAAGCAUGGCUCCCUAUUAGGGAAACAGGUAAUCUUUCCGUAUGAAUCUAGGUUACCACGCUGCACAAAUAAUUGCUAUUUUUCAUUUUUGCCCAUCACAUGCAUGUUUAGGUUUCAUCUAUACUAGCAUGUUUUGGUCUGGAGAGCUCCAAAGGCCCUUCACUUUUGCCAAUUCUUCCAGUUGCUUGUUUGGGCUAGAGAAUACUUGAAACUUCUUUGGGAGGUUCUUGAUAAAUAGCAGAAUGUAAUAUAGGGUUGAUUCCAGAUGCCAUAAUUGCUAGGAAAACAAACAUAGAUGUACACACACUCCCUGUCACUCUCAUAUAUGGAAUUUGAUUUACAAUUAUUUUUCUAGCUUCCAGAAAAAAAUAGGGAUAGCAUCAAUUUGGUGUGAGUAUAUUUUGACCAUUAUUUGCAAAAGAUCUAUGAUUUCUCUGUUAAAUACCUUACGUGAAGGGUCUAAAGGUUGGCAAGUGAUCUGUAGUCAUGGCUUGAAGCAUGUGAGCAUUGAAAGCCAGUGUGUUUCUAGCAUAAAAGCAAAGAGUUAACAUUUUUUACAAUAAUAAAACAAUGAAUCUUUAUGAUUGAGUAAACAAUGUGUGUUAAAAUGAUAGUUUUAGGGCUGUUGCUAUAGAAGUAUUAUCAUCUAGUGAUCCAAAAUAUAUUUAUUAUGUAAUGUUAAUUUUUUUUAUAAAUUUAUAUUUUGUGUAAAAUAUAAAACAUUUGAUUUUUAACAAUGAUUUUUAUUAAAAGAUUUGUGAUGGGUUUGUGC